AUGAAACUAGUCGAAGUUAUUCCCUUAUUAAAAGACGGUGAUCACGAAGUUGCUUCAAAUAAUCGCCCUCUUUCCCUCCUAAAUACUGUUUCAAAAAUUUGUGAGAGAGCUGUCCUCAACCAAUUCAAUUCCUAUUUAACACGCAACAAACGACUUAGUGUACAGCAAAGCGGCAACAAAAAACAGCACUCUUCUGAAACUUUAAACUUAUUAAUUACCGAUCAUCUAUUCGAUGCACUAAUGGACAACAAGAAACUAUCUGCUGUUAUUUUAAUUGACCUCUCAAAAGCCUUUGAUAGUAUCAGUCAUUCAAUCUUAUUAAAAAAACUAAGUGCUAUUGGAGUAUCCCAGGAAACAGUUAAAUGGUUUGAAAGCUAUCUAACCAGACGUUUUCAAAAAGUCCGCAUUGGUUCAUCUUUGUCUGCAGCUCUCCCUAUUACCCACGGUGUACCGCAGGGGGCUAUUUUGUCACCAUCGCUCUUCUGCAUAUAUACAAACGACCUUCCAACAGUGACGCAAUCAUGUGAUCUGAACUCGUUUGUUGACGAUUCCAAAAUAUCUCUGUCAUUCUCUGUCAAAGAAGUGUCAGACGCCAAACAUAAACUUGAGACUGAUCUUCGCCUUGUAGCCGAAUGGUGUUGCAAAAAUUCAUUAUUGAUUAAUCCCGAGAAAACCAAGUUUCUGUUAGUUGGAACGCGAAAGUUUCUAAAUUUACUAUCAGAUGAUAUGUCUUUGAAUUUUUUAAAUAAGACAAUCGUUCCUGUCACUUCGAUAAGCGACCUUGGAAUAAUCCUGGACCGCAACUUGACAUAUAACGAACAUAUACCCCAGCUCUCACCAGAGUGCAUGGCUAAACUGUGUCAAAUUAAUCGUGUCAAACGUUGUUUUGAUCAAAAGACGCUGAUUUACAUCAUCUGCGCGGUAGUUAUGGGUAAAUUAUAUUACUGUUCAACAGUUUGGUCAAAUACGAGACAUUACGAGUUCUUCAAAUACUAA